CCUCCUAUCUACCGUCCUCCACCCCCACCCCCUCCCACUUACCCACCUCCUCCACUAGUAUGUCCACCUCCCACUAUGCCACCGAUCUAUCCACCUGUUUACCCACCCGUAUGUAUUCCUCCACCCCCACCCACUCAACCGCCACCACCUCCUCCCACUUACCCACCUCCACCCCCUCCCACUUACCCACCCCCACCCCCACCUACUUACCCACCUCCACCCCCUCCCACUUACCCACCCCCACCACCCCCACCUACUUACCCACCUCCACCCCCACCUACUUACCCACCCCCACCUCCUCCUACUUACCCACCCCCACCUCCCCCCACUUACCCACCUCCACCUCCUCCACUAAUAUGUCCACCUCCCACUAUGCCACCGAUCUAUCCACCUGUUUACCCACCCGUAUGUAUUCUUCCUCCACCCCCACCCACUCAACCGCCACCACCUCCUCCCACGUACAUACCUCCUCCUCCCCCUACUCGUCCACCUCCUCCUCCACCUACAUACAUUCCUCCACCCCCACCUACUUACCCACCUCCACCCCCUCCCACUUACCCACCGCCACCCCCUCCCACUUACCCACCUCCACCUCCUCCACUAAUAUGUCCACCUCCCACUAUGCCACCGAUCUAUCCACCUGUUUACCCACCCGUAUGUAUUCUUCCUCCACCCCCACCCACUCAACCGCCACCACCUCCUCCCACUCAACCACCUCCACCCCCACCCACUCAACCGCCACCACCUCCUCCCACUUACCCACCCCCACCUCCCCCCACUUACCCACCUCCACCCCCUCCCACUUACCCACCUCCACCCCCACCCACUCAACCACCUCCACCCCCACCCACUCAACCGCCACCACCUCCUCCCACUCAGCCACCCCCACCUCCUCCCACUCAGCCACCCCCACCUCCUCCCACUCAGCCACCCCCACCCCCACCCCCACCCACUCAACCGCCACCACCUCCUCCCACUUACCCACCUCCACCCCCACCUACUUACCCACCCCCACCUCCUCCCACUUACCCACCUCCUCCACUAACAAGCUACUCAACCAAAGAAAUAGGUUGCUGUGACUUCUGUCCUCCGGUUGUUGAUAUCUGCCCCCUCACGGGGCUACCAAUCUUGUCACGGCUUAGAAGACGAGCGCAGCGCCAGUGCGGUUUGGACGCCCACUGCCCCAGUGACUCCGUGUGCUGUGCCGACCAGUGCCACCAUCACAACAAAAUCUGCAAGAGGAAGCCGAGGAGUGUGAACGCUGUGGCUAACCUUCCUUCUAAGGUGAAUGUGACAGUCAUCAUGACCUCAGCCUCGGCCGACAGCCAGCAGGUCCUGUCCUCUUACCUCGUUCCUCUUGAGCUGUCUCUGCGGGACCACGUCAAGGUGGAGGUCGUGCCUUUCGGCAUGGUGGAGAACGGCGGGUGCCAGCACGGGCCCGGCGACUGCCUUGGGAACCGUCUCAUUUCGUGCGCCGUCCGCCACCUCCCCGUUGCCGACGGAGGCUUGGCAUUCGCUACUUGCCUCAUGGAACACCAGAAGCACCUGAGGUCGAACGAACACUCGAGCAUCUUGUCCGCGGCUUUGACGUGUGCCGAAGGGUCGAGAAGAAACACCAAAGCAUUCUAUAAGUGCAGCGUAGGUCCUGAGGGUUACCAGCUGUUUGCGGCAGCUGCCAAGAGGCAGUACCAGCUGGUAUCUUCCCUCUCUUACGUACCAACUGUGCUGAUCGAUGGGGAAGUGGUCGUGAAAAGCAACGAAGACAUGGCAAAGCUCCCGUUAGUGUUGUGUAAUAAACUCAACCACGUACCUCGAGUUAAGUCUUAUUGCCAGGAUUACAUGAACACGCAAGUCAAAAACUGAAUGAAAACGGAAAAAAAUGAAGUU